CCGCCGGAGCUAUGGUGGUGCCGCCGCUGCUGCGCGCCGUCAUUAUGGGGCCCCCGGGCUCCGGGAAAGGCACCGUCUCUGCUCGGAUUAUCAAACAUUUCGGGAUGAAGCAUCUCUCCAGCGGGGACCUGCUGAGGGACAACAUCCAGAAGAGGACAGAAGUUGGAAUCCUUGCCAAGUCCUACAUUGAUCAGGGGCAGCUUAUUCCAGAUGACAUCAUGACACAACUAAUGCUGAAUGAGCUAAAAGGUCUAAAUCAGUACAACUGGCUGUUGGAUGGUUUCCCCAGAACGGUUGCUCAGGCAGAAGCCCUGGACAAAGAAUGUCAAAUAGACACUGUGAUUAACCUAGAUGUGCCAUUUGAGACCAUAAAAUGUCGGCUCACGGCACGCUGGAUCCACCCGGCCAGUGGCAGAGUCUAUAAUCUGGAAUUCAGUCCUCCUAAAGUGCAGAACACGACAGUGUUUUCUCAGUCCCUGUUAAAGCUGUUCACUGAUCUGGAAUACUGGCACAGGAGUUGGGGCAUUGAUGAUAUUACUGGAGAGCCACUUGUUCAGCGUGAUGAUGAUAAUCCAGAGACGGUUACAAAGAGGCUUCAGGCUUACGAUGCACAAACAAAACCUGUUCUAGAAUAUUAUCGGGAAAAAAGGUUACUGAAAUCCUUCUCUGGAACAGAAACCAAUAAGAUCUGGCCACAUAUCUAUGCUUUCCUCCAAACCAAGCUGCCAGAUGUAAACCAGAAAGAUGCCACCACUACCAGGUGAAAAUAGGUCUAACUUCUGCUCAUCUGUCAUAGUUCACACUUAAUUAAUGAGAUUCAGCAGUCAAGGAUUUCUCUUAAGUAGCCUACCAGACUGAUCAGCAAUUGAAGUCCAGUGUUGUCCUUAACUUAAAUUAUGAUAAAAUUUUGUUGUGUGUGGUUCUCACAUUAAUGCUGUAUUUUUCUAUGUUAAAUAUACCUAAUUUUUUAAUAUAGUACUUCAACAACUUUUAAUAUAGAUUUCAACAAAAGCCGCUA